GUGUUUGCAUCUUUGGAUACAGAAAAUAGAGGGGGGAAUUUCGUAAACAUUUUAAUCGGUCGAAUAUGUUUUUCAGUCCACGACGAGUGUGAUAUGAAUACGUUGGCUCAUAUUCGUGUUUAGGUAAAAGAAAGGCUCUAGCGUGUCGAUCAACAUGUUUGCACAUUUUUUCUCAUCAAAGCGAUCUCAACCAACUAUGAAAUUUGACAAGGAAAACGUUCUCGGGCGUGGCUUUUCUGCUCAAGUUUUUUCAGGUACUUUUAACGGAAAAGAUGUUGCUGUCAAGAGGAUUGAGAAAAGUGUUGGCUUGAAUUUGGACAAAGCUGCUCAAGAACUAGAAGAGGAGACCAUGAAAAACCUCGACCAUCCUAACGUUCUCAAACUCCUUCAUGUCCAGGAUGACAACGACUUCAAAUACCUGAUUUUGGAAUUAUGCGUCGGCACAAUUGCCAACUACGUUAACGGAACCUAUAAGGGCGAAAUGCCUUCCGAGAUCGAGGGGAUGAUUCAAAUGGCUAGCGGACUUCAAUACAUUCAUUCCAAGCAUUUUGUCCAUCGAGACAUAAAACCAGCAAACGUAUUGAUUUCUUCAACGUUCGUUCUGAAAAUAUCGGAUUUUGGAUUGAGCCGGACAGUUACAACAACUUCCGGAAGUUUCGCAAUGACUAGCGGACCCAAAGGCACACGAGUCUACUACUCCCCUGAAUUCCUUUUCACGGAAGGGAAAACUAAAGAAGAGAAAGAACAAAUCCGCGUUAACGUUUCGAUUGACGUCUUUUCACUGGGAUGCCUCUUUUUCAAUUACCUUACGAAGGGCGGUCAUCCGUUUGCCAAUGGAGGACGUCCAAAUGAAGUUCUCACUCCCGCUAGUAUUCAAAAAGGCGAAAAGGUCCUCGAUGGCGAAAUGGGUUUAGCGAAAAACCAUUAUGCAUAUGCCAUGAUUGAAGGAAUGACUGAAAAGAUCCCCGAGGACCGUUGGAAAUUAGAAAAAGUCCUAGAAACUUUAAAUGCUAAAGCCAAGAGUGCUCAAACUGAAGAAAUUCAAUGAAAAGUACAUCUUGUAAAUUGCCUAUUUUCCAGUUGUGGUGCGAUUAAAAUAUAAAUCUUAGUAUCGACUAAAAUAUACACUGGCAGGCUAGAGAAUAGCUGCUUCGCAAUUCGAAA